UUCCCGUUUCUUCUAAAUGCACGGUCGAAGCCGCGUUUUCCUGCUCCGCCGUAUCCACUUCAAAGACAGCGACCGCCCUCGCCAACUCUCCUGCCAAACGAGCCCGCCGCCGCUCCCGCCAGAUUCAAACCUCAAACCCCUCUGCCUCCAAGGUCGACUCCACGAGGCGCUGUCGGGAAUGGCUACGCUCGGCACCGAGGUCAGGUUCCACGGGUACGACGCCCUCCUGACCGCGUGCAUCGACCGAAGGGCCUUCCUAGAGGGCCAAUUGGUCCACGCCCACAUGAUCAAGUCCCAGUACCUCCCUUCCGUGUACCUCGCCACCCGGCUGCUCAUCAUGUAUGUGAAGUGCGACUCCUUGAACGACGCUCGCCACAUGCUCGAGGCAAUGCCUGAAAGGAACGUUGUCUCGUGGACCGCCAUGAUCUCAGGAUAUUCUCAGAAGGGUCACCGCGCUGAGGCCUUGGAGCUGUUUGUUAAGAUGAUGGAAGCCGGUCAAUUGCCAGAUGAAUACACUUUCGCUACGGUGCUCACUUCUUGUACUGGUCCUUUUGGGCCUAAACAUGGCAGGCAGAUUCAUUCCCUAGCACUCAAGACCAACUUUGACUCUCAUAUGUUUGUUGGGAGUUCACUGCUUGACAUGUAUGCAAAGGCCAGCGAAAUCGAUGAUGCUCGGAGAGUCUUUGACAUGUUGCCUGACAGGGAUGUUGUUUCUUGUACUGCCAUUAUUUCUGGAUAUGCCCAGUUGGGUCUUGAUGCGGAAGCCUUGGAAGUGUUCAAAUUACUACAUAAAGAGGGAAUGGAAUGCAACUACGUUACCUUUUCCUGUCUUUUAAAUGCACUCUCUGGACUUGCUGCUUUGGAUUAUGGUCGACAAGUGCAUGGCUUGGUAAUCAGAUGUGAACUUCCAUUUUAUGUUGUCUUGCAAAACUCUCUGAUUGACAUGUAUUCCAAGUGUGGUAGCUUAAUAUAUUCAAGAAAAAUCUUUGACAACAUGCUUGAGAGAUCUGUGAUAAGUUGGAAUGCAAUGCUUGCAGGAUAUGGUAAGCAUGGUUUAGGGAGUGAGGUUGUUCGUCUCUUUAAGUCCAUGGUCCAAGAGGUGAGGCCUGAUGGUGUUUCUUUUUUGGCUGUCCUGUCUGGGUGCAGUCACGGUGGAUUGGUUGAUGAGGGUUUAGAUUUUUUUGACUUUAUGGUUAAUGGUCAAAGGAUGAAACCAGAUAUAGGGCACUAUGGAUGCGUCAUAGAUCUACUCGGACGUGCUGGGAGAAUAGAGAAGGCUUUGGACUUAAUGAAGUGCAUGCCCUUUGAACCAACCACAGCCAUGUGGGGUUCUCUUCUGGGUGCAUGUAGAGUUCAUGCUAAUGUUUCCAUCGGAGAAUUUGUUGCUCAAAAGCUUCUCGAUAUUGAGCCAGAAAAUUCAGGGAACUUUGUGAUACUCUCUAAUAUUUAUGCUGCUGCCGGAAGAUGGCAAGAUGUCGCCAGAGUCAGGGAAUUGAUGAAAGAGAGGACAGUGACAAAAGAACCAGGCAGAAGUUGGAUCAAUCUUGACAAAACCAUGCAUACUUUCUAUUCCAGUGAUCGGUCGCAUCCCCAGAGGGAACAGAUAAAUGCCAAGAUUAUGGAGGUAUAUGAAAGGAUCAAAGAAGCAGGUUAUGUUCCAGACCUUAGCUGUGUAUUGCAUGAUGUGGAUGAUGAGCAGAAGGAAAGCAUGCUGCUUGGGCAUAGUGAGAAACUGGCAAUAGCUUUUGGGUUGAUGGGCAGUACCCCUUGCAAGUUGAUUCGUAUUACAAAGAACCUUCGGAUCUGUGUUGAUUGUCACAAUUUUGCCAAGUAUGUGUCAAAGGUAUAUGCAAGAUAUAUAUCUCUGAGGGAUAGCAACCGAUUCCACCUAAUUGUCAGAGGGACUUGUACCUGUAGAGACUACUGGUGAUUAAGCAAUUCUUCUACUUAUCUA